AUGGAGCUGGAUGGAGCCAAGAAAGCUGACCCCAAAGGAGGGGCAAAGGGUGGGAAAGCCCCUGCUAAAAAGAAGGAGGGAGGUGGAGGAAAAGCAAAAAAGAAGAAGUGGUCUAAGGGAAAAGUCAGGGACAAGUUGAACAACUUGAUUUUAUUUGAUAAAGCUACAUAUGACAAAUUUCUGAAAGAGGUACCCACAUACAAACUAAUCACUCCAUCUGUAGUGUCAGAAAGAAUGAAGAUUCGAGGAUCCUUGGCAAAGCAGGCUCUCAGAUCUCUGUGCAAGGAUGGUAAAAUCAGAUUGGUGUCCAAGCACCACUCACAGCUGAUCUAUACACGAAUGACCAAGGGUGAUGAAGGAGAGGAUGCUUAGUUAAAUAAACUUGUCUCCACAAAUAA